AUGGCGCGCCCCGACAAGCGCGUUAAUAAAGUGGUAGCAAGACUCAUACCUCCGGUCUUGCUUGGCGUAGUGAUCUAUGCCUGCUAUGCUAUCACCAAACAACUUUGCAUCGACUAUCUAUUCCACCCUCUACCCAAAUAUAAUCGCCGAUCGCGGACUGACGCGGGUGCUGCCAUUCUUGUCAUUUUCUACCUACUGUUGUUUCCUGUACUCUCGACGUACUUCAGACUCCUGUAUAGUGUCAUCGGGAAUCCCAGAUUCUUGCCUCGUGGCCCCCAAUCUGCUCAGACCAACGAAAGUGCUGCUAAAAGGCUCCGCGCAAACCGACGCGAUAGCCAUGGGAGGGGAACGAGUCGUCAGCAAUCAAACGAGAAGACAGAAGAGGCUGAGGUAGAUGUUGAAAGAGAAUCUGAGUACUACGCUGGGAGCAAUGCGUUCGCGCUGGACACGGCAGGCCUGGAAAAGUUUUAUAAGAAAGAUAUUUUUGUCUGCCAACUGGAUGGACGUCCCUUGUAUUGCUCCACAUGCAAUCAAUACAAAAUGGACAGGGCACACCAUUGUCGCGAGGUGGACAGAUGUGUUCGCAAGAUGGAUCACUUCUGCCCCUGGGUUGGAGGGGUGGUCUCAGAAACGUCUUUCAAAUUCUUCAUUCAAUUCGUCUUUUAUACAAUGAUAUUCUGCCUGUUUAAUUUAAUAGUUUGCACGUACUUCGUUGCCGAAUUGAAAAGAGACAACGUUGAUGUCAACCCCCAUUUGGCUGUUGGUAUUGGAUUGAGUGGUCUUUUUGGCUUAUUCGCUUUUGGGAUGACUUUAAGUUCCUUACAACUUGCUAUGUUUAACUUGACGACGAUUGAGAAUAUAAAUCGUCGCUCGGCGGUGUGGACAUUAGCCAUUCGCGUGCCGAACCACAUACUCAAGAAGCUGCAUCCUCAGUCCCAAUGGGCUCCGACAUUCCCCACAAUUACCUAUCCUCUUCCACCAGUGCCCCUCCGCCCAGAAGCCGCAGCAAGAUAUCAGAGCUAUCAGCCCGCAGAGGAGCGGCACGUAUUCGCGAUUCUCCAGACCCAACCUGGCGAGAAUCCGUUCGACCUUGGUAGCCCGAUCAGGAAUAUUCAACAGGUAUUGGGAUUUUCACUUUUGGACUGGUUACUUCCCCUGAAGCACAGCCCCUGUGCAGACCACAACAGUCAAGAAAGUGCCUACGCAGUUGGGCCGGUGGUGUCGAGGCUAAAACAAGAUGCUGGACUAGAAUCCUCUGUUGACCCUGAGGUUGAGCCUACUGAUAGGUCAUCGAAACAUAAACGCAAACGCAGAAAGCGUAGACGUCAUAAUUGA